GCUGCAGUAGGGUUGGUGUGUUGUGGUGGGGGUUGGAUCUGUGUGUGUGUGUGUGUGUGUGUGUAAAGUGCAGGUUUCAGCAGGCUGGAGCUCACACACCAUUGUCCUCUCAGAUCACACAGAGAGAGUGUGUGUGAAUGUGUGUGUGUAUGUGUGUGUGAAUGUGUGUGUAUGAGGACGCUGCAUCUUCUCACUGCAGCACCACUGAUGUUCCCGCUCCGAGGAAUUCCCUGCUCCAGGAUUGUGUGCGUUUGGAGGGAUUUAACGCUUGGAUACUAAUGGCACCGGAGUUGAACAUCACGGACAGAUCUAAAGCGUGGUGUUUUUUGUGAACGCAGCUCUCGUGUGUGUGUGUGUGUGUGUGUGUUGGAGAGGCAGGCAUGCAGUCGGAGCGCAGGAGUCGUGUGUGUAUCGUGGUCCUGGAGGAGGUGGAAGAUGACGAUCCCUCCCCUCUGCAUUCCAAAGCUGCCCCGGACCACAUUUCCCAGAAUUCCUCUCAGGGCGAGAAGCCCUCUCUGAUUAAAGCCAUAUUUAACGGCGACGCAGAUGAAGUUCGCUCUCUCAUAUUCAAGAAAGAAGACGUCAACGUACAGGACUGUGAGAAGAGAACGCCGCUUCACGCUGCUGCUUACCUGGGCAACGCUGAGAUCCUGGAGCUGCUCGUCCUGUCAGGGGCGAGAGUGAAUGCCAAAGAUAAUAAAUGGCUCACUCCCCUUCAUCGGGCCGUAGCGUCCUGUAGUGAGGAAGCAGUCCAGGUGCUGUUGAAACACUCGGCGGAUGUGAAUGCGCGGGAUAAGAGCUGGCAGACGCCGCUGCAUGUGGCUGCGUCCCAUAGAGCUGUGCGCUGCGCCGAAGCAUUAGUCCCAUUGUUAAGCAACGUCAAUGUGUCGGACCGCGCCGGACGCACGCCUCUACACCACGCGGCCUUCAGCGGACACCUGGAGAUGGUUCAGCUGCUGGUGUCCAGAGGCGCAAACGUCAAUGCAUUUGAUAAGAAGGACAGACGAGCCGUUCACUGGGCCGCAUACAUGGGUCACCUGGAGGUCAUGAAGUUCCUGGUGUCUCACGGCGCUGAGGUUUGCUGUAAGGAUAAGAGAUCGUACAGUCCUCUUCACGCCGCUGCCUCCAGUGGAAUGAUCAACGUUGUCAAAUACCUGCUCCAUCUGGGCGUUGAUAUUAAGGAGCCGAACGCGUACGGAAACUCUGCUCUGCACCUGGCGUGUUUUAACGGGCAGGACGUGGUGGUGAAUGAGCUGAUCGAAGCAGGAGCUGAUGUCAAUCAGGGGAAUGAGAAGGGCUUCUCCCCGCUGCACUUCACCGCUGCGUCCCGCCAGGGGGCGCUCUGUCUCCAGCUGCUCCUCGCCAACAGAGCCAACAUCAACAGCAAGAGUAAAGAUGGUAAGACUCCUCUCCACAUGGCAGCCAUUCACGGGCGAUACUCCAGAUCGCAGGCCAUCAUUCAGAACGGCGCAGAGAUCGACAGCGAGGAUGAGAAUGGAAACUCUCCGCUUCAUAUAGCGGCUCGUUACGGUCACGAGCUGCUCAUCAACACGCUCAUAACCAACGGUGCGGACACGGCCAAGUGA